AUGGCGCAAGACCCCGCCAGCCUCGACGAAACUCCAAUAUCCCCACGCAAACCCCUACCCUUGGAGAAUUACAUUCCCUUCCCGAUCCAGCCCAGUUCUAAAACCUCCGAGCGUCUGCAUCAACAAUGCCUCGAUAUCCUCGCCGAAGUCGACGAGCUGCAGAAUCUAUUGAAGAGCACCCUGCGCAAUCCGCAACUCGUCGAGGUGCGCCAGUUUCGGUCAAACGUGACAUCGGAAUUGAAGAUGUUGCAGAAACUGGAGCAGCGGUUCCAAAGUACUGCGAGUACCUGCGCUAGCGAGACAAAGGUUCAAAAAGAAAGUCAAGGCCAUGACCAAGUCCAGGGCGCUGAUAGCGACGAGGACGGGGAAAACGGUGGAGAGGAUGACUCGGUUGAAAUGCGGCUGAUGCAUGCACUGCGCUCAUCGAAUUUACCCUUCUACCAGGCUGUGUGGGAUAUCACGAGGGGUUCGUGCUACGGGCUUCUUGCGCUGGGGAAGCGGUUCUACUGGGAUGGCCAUACGCGUGCUGACGAGGAGAAGAGGGCGUUGAACGCUGCUGCAAAAAAGAGCGGGAAACUGCCUAACAAGGAUAAACGCAAGAGUGUCUUUGUGGAUAUCGUGGCCGAUGAUGGAGAGGAAUGGGUGAAAGUAUCCACCAUGUCGGAAAGCAGAUUGCUAUUCGAGAUGGCGAAGAAAGGGUGGGAGCGGGACUCGGAGGACGAUGAGUGUAUGUCUAAUGAGGGGAGUGAUGGGCCACGACGACGGACUGUGCUACGGAAUUUUGAGGGAUCGGACUACGAGGAUGACGAUGAUGAGGAUGAGCUUGAGCUUAUCAAGUUGGCUCGGGAUCUGAGAAAAGCGGCUAAUGCUACCCGGUUGCGGUAUAGACAUCCGCGGCUACGAGUGGUGCUGCCUAAAAUCGGGGAAGGAAAUGUUCCUGAAAUUGAUGAUAUUCUCAAAGAGAUGCGCAGUUAUGGUGUGAAGGUUGAAUGCCAGGAGACACUAUCAAAAGCCGCAGAUGCCAAAAAGCCCGAGCUGACAUGUCUCUUGCCCCGGCCUUACAAGCGCUUCACUGAUACCUUGAAUGUGGAUUGCACUCUUCUCCUCGCCCUCGUGUCUGACCUUUCACAUGCUAAGGAAAUCGUACCAUUGCCCAGUUUCCAUAGAGCUAUUCUCCGGCAGAUCGAGAUUGAAAAGCUGCAGCCGCUGCUACAAACCGAACUCUGGCCUGCCAUGGGUGACCAUGAGCUGGUGUGUACCAGUGAGGCAGCAACUCGCAUGCGCGAGAUUGUGGAACUCAUUGGCACCGAGACUGAGAAAGAAAGGGCAAAGAUUAUGAUGGGUGAUCCUCAAUAUGUCGAUCUGGAACGAGAAUCCGCCAUUCAAAAAUUCCAGGAGUUGUCGGAAUGGCAGGUGCCGACACACUGGCAGAUCCCCAUCCAAGUCAUCGACGCGCAGCCAGCCAUCACUGCGGCAAAAAAAGAGGGCAAACUGCCUCCAGUGGCAGAUCGAGUUGCGGAAGGCUUGUCGGAUAUCAACCACAGCGUAUUCAUGUAUGGGUGGGUGACUGGAAUGACGACCAUUUCCAGCAAUCGCACGAUCGACAAACAGAUCGAAAUGACAAUCGAGAAUAACCGAGGCAAUGAUGAAGACGUCGAGGGGCCUAUGGUCUGGAUUUGUGACACAGCUCGAAGUUUGGCCGGAAAAGAAAAGGACCGCAGAGCAUAA